AUGCCUCCCAAGAAGAAGGUUGAACGCCCCGCGACUGAGAAUAUAUCUCUCGGUCCUCAAGUUCGAGAAGGUGAAAAUGUCUUUGGUGUAGCCCGGAUCUUCGCCUCUUUCAAUGAUACCUUCGUCCAUGUCACCGAUCUCAGUGGCCGAGAAACCAUUUGCAGAGUGACAGGCGGCAUGAAGGUCAAAGCUGAUAGAGACGAGUCAUCUCCCUACGCAGCCAUGUUGGCAGCCCAGGAUGUAGCUGCACGAUGCAAAGAACUCGGAAUCAACGCACUACAUAUCAAGAUCAGAGCCACAGGAGGCAAUGGCACAAAGACUCCAGGCCCUGGUGCUCAAUCCGCUCUCCGCGCGCUAGCACGUUCAGGCAUGAAGAUUGGUAGAAUAGAGGAUGUCACUCCAACACCAUCAGACUCAACAAGACGCAAGGGUGGUCGUCGUGGUCGUCGUCUUUGA